GUAUUCCCCACGGGGAGAGAGAGGGGAAAGGAAUCGAAUGGAAAGGGCAAAAGAUGGUAUCUUGAGUAUGGAAGGGGGAAAGGAGCGCCAAGCGGCCAUCUUGGUAAGGGAAGGUCGCUCUCCGCACAUUACUUAUUACUUAUCUAGAUCGAGGAGCAAAGUUCUUUAAAAGGAACCACCUGCCUCCUUUCUGCCAUCACCAGCUUGGACAAAAGGGACACCAGAAUUAAGGUUGCCGGCUAGUCAUAAGAAGAAAUAACGCAGGUCCAUGCAUAUGGCACUGCAAACCAGUGUUGUAGUGGUAUGGUUAGAAGUAUCGCUCUGUCCUUGAUUCGUUACCUACUGGGAAGGAAUAACCGUAUUGGAUUCUGCUGGUAUCACUCAAAGGCAAAAAUGUCCAGGAUGGUUCAGGCUCGGAGGCUGGAGGGCGUAGAGAAGAAUAUCUGGGUGGAGUUCGUCAAGUUGGCGUCCACGUACAAGACCGUGAACCUGGGCCAAGGCUUCCCUAAUUUCCCCCCACCGGACUUUGUCAGGGAAGCGUUGAUAGAGGCUGUUGGUGGAGAGAAUACCUUGCUGCACCAAUAUACCCGAGAAUUUGGCCACCCACGUUUAGUAGCAAUCUUGGCCCGCUUUUUUGGGAAGCUGCUUGGACGAGACCUGGACCCUCUGAAAAACGUGAUGGUGACUGUUGGUGCUUAUGAGGCCCUCUUCUGCUGCUUCCAGGCUCUGGUGGAUGAUGGAGACGAGGUCAUUAUUAUUGAGCCGUACUUUGACUGCUAUGAGCCCAUGGUGAAAAUGGCUGGUGGGACUUCUGUGUUCAUACCUCUGCAACUAAAUGCUGCAGAAGGUGGCAAGCUGAACUCUAGCAGAGACUGGCAACUGAAUCCAGCCGAGCUGGCGGCAAAGUUCACCAAGCGAACUAAAGCCAUUGUGCUGAACUCUCCCAACAACCCUUUGGGGAAGGUGUUCAGUAGAAGGGAGAUGGAGCUCAUUGCAGAGUUGUGUGUGAGACAUAACGUCCUCUGCUUCAGUGAUGAGGUAUACGAGUGGCUGGUCUACGAUGGCAACAAGCAUAUCCGGAUGGCAAGUUUACCAGGAAUGUGGGAACGAACCGUGACCAUUGGAAGUGCCGGAAAAACCUUCAGUGCAACAGGAUGGAAGGUUGGCUGGACAAUUGGGCCCGACCACCUUUUGAAGCACUUGAGGACAAUUCAUCAAAACUCGGUUUAUCAUUGUGCAACAGCGGCUCAGGAAGCCGUGGCCUGUGGGCUAGAGAAAGAGUUUGAGCGCUUUGGGAAGCCCGAGAGCUACUUUGCCCAGCUACCUCAACAGCUGCAGCGAAAGCGAGACUUCCUGGUCCAGAGCUUGCUUGCUGUUGGCAUGAAGCCCAUUAUCCCAGAGGGUUCCUAUUUUGUAGUGGCCGACCUCUCAGAAUUCAAAGAUGAACUUCCUGAUGAGCCAGACUCCGAGGAGGAGCCGUACGAUUAUCGCUUUACAAAGUGGAUGAUCAAGAACAAGGGCUUAGCCGCCAUUCCGGUCUCUGCCUUCUUUAGCCCACCACAGAAGAAGAACUUUGACCAUCUCAUUCGCUUUUGCUUUGCCAAGGAAGACUCAACCCUGGAAGCCGCAGACAGCAUCUUGCAGCAAUGGAGUCGGAAGACACAGGGGCAGUAAUAUAAUCGCUUGAAGCAGGCUCUAUAGCUAGAAUGUUGGAACAAGGAGGGAAAGAAAACCCAUGUGCCUAUUUUGCCGCUUAACAUCAGGGUGCAGAAUGGCCCUCUGUUGCCAAUUUGCAUAUGCAGCAGGGAAGUAGUCAGGGAAGUAGUGUUAGGCUCUAGGGAUCACACAUUCACCAACGUGAUGGUGCCCUGCCAUAGUCUCCCUUAUGGGAGUUGUGGUCCAAAAGAUUUGGAGGGCAACAGAAUGGAGAAUGUUGUUCCUGGCCACUCUCCUCACAGCCUGCCUGGCUUCCAGUAUCUGUGGCCAGAACCACACCAUACAAUUAAAGCACAUCCAGCACACAUUUAAAGUCUGUUUCUCCCCCACCCCUAAAGAAUCCUGGGAACUGUAAUUUCCUCCUUAUGAAGCUACAGUUCCUUGUUUCCUUAACAGGCUACAGCUUGUUGUGUUACUUGUGAAACUCUUAACAUACCUCCAUAAAUAGGAAUGGGGAGAUCUGUGCCCAUCCAGAUGUUGUUGGACUAUAUCUCCCAUCAGCUCCCAGCAUGGUCUAAUGGUCAGGGGUGAUGGGAGUUGUAGCCCUGCAACAUUGAAAAGCCCUAGGUCCUCCCCAUCCCCUGCUCAACAGCUUCCAAAGGCAUCCCUGCAUUACUUUUGAUCUGAAAUUGUGAGUGUGCUCCUUGCUGGGCUGUCCUUAUUAGUGCAAGAAUUUUGAGAAGCAGCUUCUUAACAGUAGAAAUUUCUGAGCCUGUGAUGUUAUGACUGCAAUCCACUACAAAUUUGCUUUUUGGGAAGUGUGUGUGUGUUGGGGCCGCUAGGUGGUUUGUAACACUAGUAUGGGUCUAGAAUGGUCUCUCCCCCUCAAUUGUUACUUAACCACUUCUCUUCCAGUGCAAGGAAGGAGAGUAUCUGGUCCUGUCUUCCCUCACUCUCUUUCAAGGGUAGGACAGGUCCUAUCAAUAUGAGAAAUCCUCCCCAUUUCCCUUAAUUAUGCUCUUGAACAAGAGUGGGGGAUCCUGCAGCCCCUUUAAAGUGUGACUGUACUACAACUCCCAUCAUCCGUUACCGCUGUCUAUCCUGGCUGGGACGGAGGUGCUUAGAGGACCACAUAAUCAUGAAAAAUGAAACAUUGGGGGGGGGGGUUAAUUUCAAGUUAACUAUAUAAACAUACAAAAUGAUAAUAGAAUGUCAUAAAAUAGGAAUAGAGUUUGAUCAAUGCUUGAGCAGUCACUUAUGUUCCAAUAUAAGCAAUCAAAUAAAGAUGUUGUUCCAUAAUGUUCCAUGUGUUGAUGGAGGAUGAAAACCACACUUAAUAAAUUUUACAAAGUCAGUA